AACGUCCGAUUUCAAGAAGACGAAAAAGAACAGCAAUAACUGUUCAGUCAGAAGCAAGGAAAAUGUCAGAAUUUUUUUUUCAGAUAUUUAUUUUAAUUUUAUUCCACCUUCACUGUGCUCAUCAACAGCUCACACUGUAUGACGAAGGACAGGCUGUGUCUAUCAGCUGUACUGUGAAGGGCAGUGGCAGCACAGUUUUUUGGUUCCGUGUCCUCAGAAAUGGCAUGGACUUCAUAGGAUCUUUUAAUGCUGAUGGGACCCCUAAAGUCCAAUACGAUACUUCAAUAUUUGAUUAUAUUAAAAGUAACAAAUUAACAGUGAAAAGCUUUCGGAAGAAGCGGGACGGUGGAACUUACAGCUGUGUUUCAAUCAAUGCUAAUAAGCUGAUUUUUGGGGAACCAACAGUCAUUGAAGGACAUCCUGACCCAAUACCAACGGUAAAGGCAACACCAAAAACCACUCUUAGCACGACAACUCGCCAGGUUUGUUCAUGCCCAACUCUUUCAAAGGCCAUUCCCAGUGUUGGCUGCCAGGUGUUAGUUUGGGCUCCAAUGGCUGCUGCAUGUGGCCUCCUCUUCCUCAUCCUCAUCCUCACUAUCUGCCAUUGCAACCGAAUCAGAACAAGACGAUGCCCCCACCAUUACAGAAGAAAGCCUAAGAAUAAUACCCCAGCUCGGCAAGCCAUGGCCGACCGAUACACCUAACUAGAACAGGGAAACCGGAGUACGUGGAGGAAACCCACAUGAACACAAGGAGAACACAGAUAUUCUGCAGAGACCAAAGAGGACUUCAAUCCACGUCUAAAUCCACAGUACACGAGCCGUGAGGUACCAGAAUUAUCCACUCUGCCAUCGUGUGCCCUCCACUGCAGAACAGUGCUUUGAUGAUUUCAUGUGUUAUUUGAUGAAAAUAUUUUCAAUUUUUCUUGAUGUAGUUCUUAGUGAAAUUAGCCAUACCAGGAAAUUCAACUGAAAAAAAAGAUUGAUGAGUCCAAAAUAUAGAGUGUUGACAUCUGGAAUUUUAUGCUUUAUAAGAGCUUUGGACCACCACAGU